UACUCGCGAACAGCAGAAGCAGCUCGGGGUCUCUCCGCCGCCCCUUGGCCAUGGCCGCGGUGCCGACGGCGCCCGCUCCCCUACGAUCCCCGGGCCCCCGCCGCUGUCGCCGCAGCCGCCGCCACCUCUGAGCCCCAGGAGCCGCCGCCGCCGCUACCCGCCCGCCCGGAUCCCGCCCGCCGCCGCGCCUCACCAUGCUACCUGCGGCCGCCCCGGCGAGGCCGCUCGCUGCUCGUGGAACCCUCGCUCGCGGUGUUGACAGCCACCCUUGCGGAGCCGCCGCGGUUCAGGGCUCGGACAAUUUGAAAGUACAAUAGUUGGUUUCCCUGCACCCGACCCGCUUCGUUUGCCAUCCCAGCACGCCUAUCGGAUCUGACUGGAGAAGUUGUCCGCAGCUUGCGGUCUCCCUCCCUAUACGCCUAACACCUACCUAUACUUCUAAAACAUUUAUUAUAAUUAACAAAAGAAAAAGGAGAAAAGGAAGGGAAACAUUACUGGGUUACUAUGCACUUGCGACUGAUUUCUUGGUUUUUUAUCAUUUUGAACUUUAUGGAAUACAUCGGCAGCCAAAACGCCUCCCGGGGAAGGCGCCAGCGAAGAAUGCAUCCUAACGUCAGUCAAGGCUGCCAAGGAGGCUGUGCAACGUGUUCAGAUUACAAUGGAUGUUUGUCAUGUAAGCCCAGACUAUUUUUUGUUCUGGAAAGAAUUGGCAUGAAGCAGAUUGGAGUGUGUCUCUCUUCAUGUCCAAGUGGAUAUUAUGGAACUCGAUAUCCAGAUAUAAAUAAGUGUACAAAAUGCAAAGCUGACUGUGAUACCUGUUUCAACAAAAAUUUCUGCACAAAGUGUAAAAGUGGAUUUUACUUACACCUUGGAAAGUGCCUUGACAAUUGCCCAGAAGGGUUGGAAGCCAACAACCAUACCAUGGAGUGCGUCAGUAUUGUGCACUGUGAGGCAAGUGAAUGGAGUCCUUGGAGUCCAUGCAUGAAGAAAGGAAAAACAUGUGGUUUCAAAAGAGGGACUGAAACACGGGUCCGAGAAAUAACACAACAUCCAUCAGCAAAGGGUAACCUGUGUCCCCCCACCAGUGAGACAAGAAAGUGUACAGUGCAAAGAAAGAAGUGUCAGAAAGGAGAACGAGGAAAAAAGGGAAGGGAGAGGAAAAGAAAAAAACCUAAUAAAGAGGAAAGUAAGGACGCAAUACCUGAUAACAAAGGUCUGGAACCCAGCAGAGAAACUCCAGAACAACGAGAAAACAAAGACAAACAGCAGCAGAAGAAGCGAAAGGUCCAAGAUAAACAACAGAAAUCGGUAUCGGUCAGCACUGUACAUUAGAGGGUCCCAUGAGAUCGUUGUAAACUCAUGAUGCUGCUAUCUCAACCAGAUGCCCAGGACAGGUGCUCUAGCCAUUAGGACCACAAAUGGACAACGUGUCAGUUACUGCUCAGUCUCAACAACAUUCCAAAUAGUUGCUAUAGUCUUCAUACAAGCAUAGUUAACAACAAAGAGCCAAAAGUUCAAAGAAGGGAUGUUUUCAAAUGGUUAUCUUACAUGCUUCUGUGCAUUUCUAAGAGACAAGAAAUUUUGUACAUAAUUAUCAAUAGGCUAUAAGAUGUAACAACAUAAUGAUGACAUCUGGAGAAGCAACAUUUUUUCCCUAUAAAAAUCAUUUUCAAGCUAUUGCUUUAAGAAGCGAAAGAUAGUUCUGCAAAUUCAAAGAUGCAGUAUCCCUUCAAAGUAAAUAAGAGAUCAGGGAAGAGAAACAUCUUUCAAAGUACGGUGUUGUUUUGUCCAGGACAUCUAGAGAGUGCUCAAAUAUUAGGGCCUGGCAUUUGGGAUCAUAGGAAUUAUCACCACAGAAACGACUGUUUUCAGAUCAGUUCUAUUGCUCUCACCAUGUCCUUCUGCAAGAAACAGGAGAGUGUACACCAGAGUUAAGCAUUAUGUAUGGGAUUGGAGAAAGGCAAAAUGUGGAAGAAACCAUAGCAUUGGAGAUGACUUCUGUGCUUUACAAAACUGUGAAGGGUUGUGAUUACCUGGAACAGGUCUCCAAUCGAUGUCAGCACUGUAUGGUUCAGCCUCUGCUACCCCUUGGGUUAUAGAAAUCUGUACACAUGUACCUGUAGCUUCCAAAAGCAAAAUCAUACUUAUUAGAAGAAAAUUCUGAUUUCAUAGAAAAACAAAAACUAGAGCAAGGAGAAUAGAACAUGUUUGCAAAGUCAUGUGUGUUCUGAGUGAAAAACAAUUUUAUUACCUGCUUAAUGGUCCACCUGGAACUAAAAGGGAUACUACUUUCUAACAAGGUGUAUCUAGUAGGGGGGAAAGCCACCACAAUAAAUAUAUUUGUUGAUAGUUUUUAAAGUUUUGUUCAUUUUGUUUUAUUGUUUGUUUUAUUGGAAAAUUGUUAUGCUUACAAACCAUGAAUUAGGAAAGGGAAUCCUGUAUCCUAUGUAAUCUGAACAUAUUACAUUUCUCAAUGCUUGCUUUUGGAAUCCACCGUUUGUAAGUAGAUAGAGAUUUACUUAUAGGGUAUUAGGAGAUAUUUAUUCAACUUUUCCCUUAAUCAACAAAAUUCUAAUUCUAGGUGCAUAGGCCUCCCGAAAUGAUUUCACUGCUCCCCCUUCAUUGCUUAGAAAUUAGCAUCUUUCCUUGUAUGUCAGUUCCUCCUGCAUCUUGAACAUUUGGCCUUUUCUUCUCCA